CACCCUUGCCUCCCGUGGACCGUAGCGCGCCCGAUCAUAAACUCCUAUCCCACGUACUAUCCGUACUCCCAAAGAGUAAGCAACCUAGUGAGAUCGAUCUGGUUUUUUGCACCUAGUGGGAUAAACGUGAAAGAACAGGUCAGGAAAAUGAGAUUCGGGUCUGCCUCAAUUCUUCUUGUUCUUGCGAUUGUAACAUUAGUUACUGCUAAGAAAUCCGGGGAUGUAACUGAAUUACAGAUUGGUGUGAAGCACAAGCCAAGUACUUGUGGACUCCAGGCUCAUAAAGGUGAUAGAAUUAAAGUACAUUAUCGGGGAAAGCUUACUGAUGGAACUGUGUUCGAUUCCAGUUUUGAAAGGGGUGACCCUAUUGAAUUUGCGCUCGGUCAAGGUAGCGUGAUCAAAGGAUGGGAUCAAGGACUUCUUGGAAUGUGUGUGGGUGAAAAGAGAAAGUUAAAAAUACCUGCUAAACUUGGUUAUGGUGAAAACGGGUCCCCACCUAAGAUCCCAGGUGGUGCAACACUUAUCUUUGACACUGAGCUUGUAGCCGUAAAUGGAAAGACAUCACUAGAGGGAGACAAAUCUGAUGACCUUUAGCUUUAAAGAUUUAAUGGUAACAUCAAGUACUAUAGCAUCUGUAUUUUUUGACAAAAAUGUAAGAGUAAUAAGGAGUACUUAACAUUUACAUUUAUUAAUCGAAUGAUCUCAAACAAUGCUUGUGAAGAACACCUGGGUUGGCGGCACGGCUGAUUGACCUAGUGAUUAAUCUGAAUAUUCUGCCAAUCGGCACGUUCUGAACACAUUCUACAUGUGCAUUAAUUUUGCGACUGGUGUGCUUUUUAGACUCGUUAAAUUCAAAUCUGUUCUUCG